AUGGGGCCUAGAGUCAAGAGAACGAAGAAACAGCCCAUAUCGAUAAGCUCUUCGGCCAUUCGACCUUCCCCUACAGUCUCCCACAAGCUCACUCAAGCCAAAAUUGCUACCUUUCACAACCUCCUCAAGAAGCGAGCAACCCUCAAGCGGCAAUUAGAUUCGAGUCCUUCCGCUACCGCUAGCGAGGCCGUAUCGUCUUCUUUGCAAGAGGUAGAGCUUGAAAUAGCGGAAUUGGGAGGAUUGGAUGGCUAUCAGAAAGCCAGCACUCUGGGACAAGCCAAAGAGAGGGGAGGGGACAGCUCCAAAGUACUUGUUGACUGGAUCAAAACCAGGGGGUAUGGGAAAGGCGACAUCAGGUCAGUGACGUACCCAUCGAACGAUCUCCUCAUAUUGACACCUCAAAGUUUAUUAGAAAUAGGUGCCCUUCGCCCCGACAAUUAUUCAUUCCACAAGUGGAUACAUAACACGCCAAUAGAUCUCCACUCGCAACACCCAAAUAUCCUUGAGCAAGACUUUUUCGACAGACCGCUGCCUGCGUCCGAAUAUGAGGCUUUUGACAUCGUGAGCUGCAGUCUGGUACUGAACUUUGUUGACGAGCCUUUGAGGCGAGGUGAAAUGUUGUAUGCGAUGCGCCGUCAGCUGAAGCAGAAAGACAGCUCUUUAUUGUUCCUUGUCCUACCCCUGCCUUGUCUGAGGAAUUCUCGCUACCUCACAAUACCUGCGUUUGUGCAGCUGAUGAAGGUAGUGGGCUUCGACCUGGUCCAGGAGCGCUACAAAGCCAAUGGCAAAGUGGGAUAUUGGCUUUGGCGGUGGGCAGAAAGCGUCGGCGAUGCCUCUCCCUGGCGAAAGAAGGCUGUCAUGCUGGAUGGGCCUAAAAAGAACAAUUUCGCUGUAGUAUUACCCCAAUAG